ACCUAGGCUUUGGCCCGUUUGAAUGAUUUCGGACCUCUACUUGCUGCUUGUUCAUAGCUUGGAACUUCCCUCUCUUGCGCCAUUCAGUCCACUUGAAGUGUCUUCUCACCGUCCAGGUCAGAUGCAGCGUUCGUCAACUGUUUGAUAGACAGUGCCACACAGAGAAUGACUCAGUACAUUGGCGGGAAGUAAGCGCAGCCGCUCGUGUGCAGUAGCGGAAUAAACAGACGACACCCACUCUUCACCGGCGCUAGGCGUAACACCUGUUCGAACCUUGGCACGAAUCAGCGGAGUGUAGACGCAUGUGUAGACGUAUCGCUACAAUCAUUGUAAAGAACGGAACUGCAAACUGCACUUCUUCCGGCGCUGCGUGAGUGCGGAACCGCUCCGCAGGAGUCUGGCUUACAGGGACCCCGAUCCCGAGCCAAGGCCCUGGCCAACAAGCUCUGAAGCAGGUGCCCCGCUACGUUCUGCAACCAGAUAUCCAGGAAGAAAUCACGACCUGAGCUUGGCGCACGGAGACAGAACCCUGACAUAGAUCAGUGGCUGGAGGGUGUAUAUGCUGCGGUGGUGACUAUCACAGACGUGAAUAUCUACCAAGUCAGGCCAGAAUGGAAACUACCAGCUUUGUUUUUCUCUGGCUAACGCUGGUAUGCUGGGACACUGUCAGCUCCAUGUCUGUCCUUGCCAGGCAGCCAGAUGACACUCCGUGUGCAGCCGUACCUACAGGCCGAUGUCGGUUUCAUGUCGAUCAGGUGUUACGUCGUACAGACUCACCAAGUAUGCAGACUAUGCAAUGCCAGUUGCCAAUCGGAGACAAUGUGCCUGGUACCCUAUCUUCUCUUCAAGUGUUCUCGUUAGCAGAUGUCAAUGAGACUCGUCAGCCUCUGUGUUCCCCAGACCCUCCAUCUACUGGCCACACGUCGCUGCAAAACGGGGGUACACUAGCGGUCGCCUGCAAGACUGGCAUCGCGAGCGUCCAGUACGGAGUGGAAAUUGUCGCAACCGGCCGCAUGCUUCGGGAGGCAGAGGGAAGCAAUCAAACAGGCGACGACAGCCAACCCAGAGAUCGACUGGGAACUGGACAGAACAGGUUAAGCUCAUUUAUAGCGGAUAGGAGCACCUCAGUGACGAAUCCAGUGGCACCCGUCAUCAAAACGUGGUCCGUCAUGCCAUCCAUGAACCCAGUGACUUCGCCUGACAGCUCUCCCCAGUGGGAUAUAUUCGUCUUGGCGAUGCCAACCCUCCUGAGCAAUGGCAGGCGACACUGGUUAGAGCAUUUCCUGACCCGGGCCAAGCACGUGCUGGAUGGCAACGGCGGGGAUCCACAAUCGGUCCGGUCACCAGUAAAUCGGUUCAGCAUGCAACUUCCGACUGUGGAUCCAGACGGGCUGCCUCUGAUAUCGCUGAGUCCAUGGCACAGCUUUGCAGCAUCAUGGCAGCGUCUGGAUUGGGAAAACGUAACCGAGACGGAAAAUUUCACAACAGAUCCCGACGCGGUUGUGGGGCACGUGGAACGUAUGAGCGGUAAUUGUGACAUAUCGUCCUUGAGACUUGUGAUUCUUCUUGCAGAUGAGUUUGGCAGCACCAACACAAGCCUGUAUGAACUGGGUACACGACUUGAAACGUGUGAUGGAGUACUGCGUCCCACUCAGAUUAUCCUUGUGUCAUCAUUCCCAACGGCGGUGGAUGGAUUCGGCUUCACGUCCGCCUUACAGACGUACCAAAACUGCUCCAGCAAGUCCAGCUGUGAAACAAUGGCAUCAUCGAAUGAUGUCACUACACAGCUGCUGGCCUCGCCACUGGCGAACCUUGCCAUGUUGCUGGAUGGGUCUGUGUGGAACGCUGAGCUGCUGUUACAUCACGUUGGAAAGCGCACUCUGCGCCGCGGACUGCUUAACUACAUUGAGAAUGAUAUUCGUUCCAGAGCCACCCAUUCUGAGUGCAAGGAGCCUAGCCGCAACAGCUUGGAACCUGAAAUUCGUAACUCAACGACUGAACAGAUCGCGAAUGAUACUUCAGCUGGUGUACCAACUAGGACAAUGCGACCAGACUCGGGAAUCGGAACCCUGCCACUUUUCGUGUCUAGCCCACCAAGUCCAACUACAUCAGAUAAUAUGUCAACCGUUUCCCAAGAGCAGUCUCCUGGAACAACUGUUGCAGUGCUCAUAGUAUCGGUCAUCUGUGCAGCUGUAGCAAUCGGUCUCACCAUCAACGGGCUCCUCCUGUCCAGGAUCCGUACCACGAAAAGGAACUCCAAAAAGACAGCAGAACUGAAUGAGCAGAACACGACACAUGCAGUGAAUGAAACCGGAGUGGAUUCAAGAUCUGUGUACUCGACAAACACCACGCAAGUGAGAAAACUAUCAGAGAGCUGGACCCCACGGCUGAGCAGUGCUGAUCAGGAGUGCCAGGACCAGUAUGCAGUGGACGACAUCACCCCAUCUCCAAGCGGUGCACGCAGGAUUCUUAGUAGCAAGAAACUCGUCCUCACCGACGAGCCGAUCGAAAAUGACAGGCCCACGCAAAACUACAAUCCCAUACUGAGCGCCCAGGACCCGGCUUGGAGGAGCAAGGUCGGUACCAGGGAAGAUGCAUCAGUGCAUAGAGAUAUGUGUUUUAGUGCUUCACCAGUCCUGAUGGGUAAAUCGAACCACAGUCCAAACAGGAAUGGACCAGCACCGACCAAUGAGGGCAUGACCGGACAAACAUUGAUGUCUUCACGCGGGAACAUAGUCAACUACAUUGCUAUGGAGGCAAACAGUGAGAGUCAGAACUGCAAUGAUUCCCAUUCCACUACUUCAGUUGUCACACCUAUACGAAGUGAGUUGGUUCCCCGUGCCCUCUCAACCCAGCAAGCUAGCACCACCACCCAGCCGGAUGCAAACAGGAAUGAUCUGGUAGAGGUCACCGUAGACUCCCCAGUGUCACAGCUGAGCCAGUGCAUUCGCGCCACAUACAGAGAGGUCGACUAUCUCUUCGCUAGCAACACCCCUGUGUUCGUGGAUGCUAUGGAGAUGUCAAGGAUGAAGCACGACGAAAACUUCGUCCCGUCCUACUGCGGCAAUCGCGCCAGACUUCAGCGCCGAAUUGAUGUCAGCGACGAGGCCGGCGGUUGGCUGAGUCUCACCAUGCCGACGAACAAGAGCAUAUUCCCCUUCGUCCGUAAGCGCCUCAGCCCUGUGGUGGAUGUGCGAUACCUGGAUAGCACGCGGUGCUCGCCUCUCCGACUCACCCACAGCAUCUACGGCAUACACGGAUUGGACCCAAGUGACUUUGAUAACUCUCAGGUCGUUGCCAUCAAGCUCAACAUGGAAGACGAGUGCUGGUCUCUGAUUGAGCGUUUGCUGGCCAAGAGUCUCUCCGAGGAUGGCUACCGUGUUGAAACGCAGGUGAUGCAGAGUGGAACGUACACCAUCGCUGCUUUCCCACUUCACGUCAACUUGGAAACGCUUCACAUUCCCAUCUACAAGAAUGGCGACAUGUUCCAACAGCGCAGACGUGGUGCUGCGGGAAGCAGCCGUGGUGCAGGCAAUGCGCAGGGCGGACGUGCAAACCACUCCGACAGUAACGGCAACAAUCCUGCCAAUGGUGCCGGUGGCGGUGGAGGCAACGAUGGAAGGGAGUGUAUGGGUACAAGCAAGGAGUGUGUGGACGGUGAGGGCAAGGGCAGCAGUGAUGAUAAAGGAAAUGGCAACCAACAAGGUGGCUCUGCUGGUGAGACAGGCAAUGGUGGCGUUGAAAACAGAGGAUCUGCAGGCGGUGGUGAUGAUGCACAGGACGGGGACGAAGGAGGCGUUGGAGGUGGCAAUGGCGGUGGUGGAGACCGUGGUGGUGGAGACCGUGGUGGUGGAGACCAUGGUGGUGGUGGUGGCGGAGAUGAUGGUGAUGGUGGCGGCGGACCUAAUGGUAUUGCUCCCACUGAGAUGCCUUGGCCAAGACCUGCUGUGUAUAGCAUCUACCUGCGCAGAGAGCGACCUGGUCCAAGGCAUGUACAGCUUGCAUGCUGUCUGACCAUCAUGGACAACGCACAUCCAGAAGAGAGAAAUGAACUACUGCAUCGGCAGCGUCGGACAAUGAACCAUCUCGGCUUCAACCCGCUCGAGACUAUUCGGCGCCUAGGUCACGUCACCGCCGACCAGAACAUACGGGUCAAUUUCCAGACGUCACGCGCCACUCCGGGGAUAGAGCUCGAGGGUUUCGAGGCAACAGUGAUUAACGCCCAAGAACUCGAGUCCACACAGCUCGCAAUGGACCUGCCGUACUAUGGUGCUACGUUUUUCAUCGGCAACGAGCCAGCCGAUGGUGAAAUGUGCUGUUUUGGAAGCGCAGUUGUACUUCAGGACGUAGGGGGCAGACCAGCACCCGGCUUCAACUUGUUGCGCUUUCAGCUCCCAACUACGGUCAGAUCCCUGGAUGAACCUGUCAUUCAUCGCAUUGCUCGGAAUGGAGAAGAUGAGGAUCGCACGUACUUCAUUUGCCUCGAUUCAAGAACAUACCAGCUGCUAGAAGACGUGACACGUCGCGUGGACAUGUGCGCACUAAUCCCACCACAUCUGCAAAACCAGGGGCCGAAUAUUGGCCUGCAGAAUCACCAGUCUCCUGGAUUACAUCGCCCACCAAGAGCCGGCCAAUCCACGGAAGCUCAUCAUUCCGCGGAAGCAAUUCACCCGCCGAGAGGAAGCCCAUCCACGGCAGCUCAUCAAUCCGCGGAAGCAAUUCACCCGCCGAGAAGCAGCCAGCCACUAGCAGUUGAUACUAGUAUGUCACCAGCUGGUCAUUCAUCGCUGGAAAGCCAGCGAUCACAAUCUCCCAGAGAAGACACGUCACCAAGACUCCACCAUUCGUUGUCCGAUACUCAUCAGCAGGCACAAGCUACCCCGAUACUAGAACCGCAGCAUUCAGAGCCUCUCAUGGCUGACCAAUCACCGAGACUCCAACACCCACCGUCUGAUACAUAUCAGCUGCCACAAAUUCCUCCGCCGUCUACUGCAGAGACUGGAGUAAGUGCGCACUACCCACCAAGCACUGACGGAAUUUCGUUGCAGUUGGAGACACGGGACGGUCUUGCAGCUACUGCUACUGCUACUGCUUCUGCUGCUCCUUUGCUAGCUGCUGCUGCUUUUACUGCACCUACUGCUGCUGCUGCUGCUGCUGCUGCUGCUACUGCUGCUGCUGCUGCUUUCACUACCCCUACUGCUGCUGCUGCUGCUUUUACUACCCCUACGGCUGCUGCUGCUGCUUAUGUCGCAUCUCCUUCAUUCUCCCUAGAGUCCUCUUCAAACAGCAUACCUCUUCACAACAGCGCCAGCGGUGGACAUGAUGAAGCUGUACUUGGGUUUUCGAAGUCGGCGGCCGUUGCUGUUAGCCCUGAGUCAUCCCUCAUCAUGACACCGGAAAUGGAAGCUGCCAGGUCUCUACGUUUCGACAGCUUGCCUAGAAACACCGGGCCACCACCCUUCCUGAGUUCCCGCAGCAGGACACCAAGCCAAGGUUCAGUGGAUGAGCCACCCAGACAGCCCAACGGUGAUGCUUCGAUGAGGAGGCAAUCCACUCGGAGCACACCGCCCACGCUCGACACUUGCCUUCCCGAGGAGCCCGAGCCAACAGCUGGCAUAGCUACCCUCUGAGCAACAGGUGCCAUAGCUGCCCUCUGAGCAACAGUUGCCAUAGCUACACUCUGAGCGACAGUUGGCGUAACCGCCCCUGAGUGACAGUUGCCAUAGCUACACUCUGAGCAACAGUUGUCAUAGCGACACUCAGAGUUUAUGGUGUACGUUACUCUAAUUCAGCAUGUCCAUGUAUUCUUAAAUUCAGGAGUUGACUUGCAGCAAAGAUGCCGGAAAUCUCCUAGGCACAGUAUGCUCGAACUUGUCACCAAUCAAAAUUAUUUUUCUGCUGAUAAUCAGUUUGAAAGUUCAAUUCACACCCACCCCUCUUCAGGCUCUUGUGUAAUGAUUAAUGGGACAGAAAUCAAUGAUGAUGUUUUGAAAUCAUUAAUGGCCGGCUUGUGACUGAUUUUAUAGCCUGGCAGCAUUUUCUUGUUGACUUACAAUUCUCUCGACAUACAUAUAGAUGUAUUUGGACUGGAUUCCUGCUGGUGUGAUUUGGAAACUUCCCUGUGUUUUCACUUUGUCCUCUAUGAUACUUAGAAGUACCUUUUUUUGGAUUAGCGGUACCCUUAGAAUUAUCAGCAAUGUCCGAAUCACAGUAUUUUCUAUAACUAUCAAUUUUGGGGUUUUCGAAUCCCUGGUGACUUGUUUCAAAUUUUCUAUUACAAUUCAAUGCUAAUGCUAGUGAAUUUUAGAAAGGCCGGCUCGAAA